AUGGAACUUUCCAGCUCUGAAGCUGGAAUCGAAGUUUUGGAGGCAGCUGCCACUUACAGCAGCCGAACCGCCUUAAAAACAAACCCAGAGAGACUCAGAGAACAACCAGCCCGCCGCGCAGCACGGCCGAGAGAGCUCCGGCGAUGGAUUAUUUUGAAUAAACCCUCGGAGCAGGCAUUCCCAGCUGGGUGGGAGAGCCCUCCUCGAGUGUUCCCCCUGUCCUGCGCGGUGCAGAACUAUUCCUGGGGGAAGGUGGGCCUGGAGAGCGAGGUGGCCAAGCUGGUGGCCAGCGGUGACCCCCUGGUCCAGAUCCAGCCUGACCUGCCCUACGCUGAGCUGUGGAUGGGCACACACCCCCGGGGCGAUGCCCUCAUCCGGGAUAACCGCAUCCCCCAAAAGACCCUGGGCCAGUGGAUCGCCGACAACCCCGCCUGCCUGGGGGCCAAGGUGAAGGACGCCUUCCAGGGCCACCUGCCCUUCCUGUUCAAGGUGCUGUCGGUCAACACCGCCCUGUCUGUCCAGGCACACCCCAACAAGGAGCUGGCAGCGAAGCUCCAUGCCCAGUUCCCUGAGCACUAUCCCGAUGCCAACCACAAGCCCGAAAUGGCCAUCGCCCUCACCCCCUUCGAGGGCAUGUGUGGCUUCCGGCCCGUGGAGGAGAUUGUCUCCUUCCUCCAGAGUAAGGCUGGAGGAGGGGGCAUGGUCAGACCCCAGAGUGGGGAUGGUGGCCGUGGGAGCCACGUGCUUGGGAAGGCUCUGGCCAUGAAUUUUGCAGACCAAAUAACAAUUUAG